AACAAGAACUUUUUUUCUGCAUUCAGACUCCAUUGUGCUUGGACUAUAUGGUUGAAGUCUACUAGUUGAAUUGAAAGAAGGAAUCGUUGUUGCACAAAGAGAUGAUGUGCAACAAUAGGUACAUUGCAUAGAUGAUGAAGUCAGGGUACUACUAGUAUGCUAUUCAUCAGGAACUUCUACACCCCGAAAUAUCAGUUCAAGCGUCGUUAAAUCUCUGUCAUCUCUUACUAUAGGCAAAUGGUUCCGGAAAAGUGAAGCAAACUUGUCAACCGACCGUAAUCUAUUUGAACCGGAGACAGUAGAAAUGGCUAAAAUGAUCAUAUUACCAAAACUGGUCCAAAAGAGUGUUGUAGUACAUUUAAGUGUCGAGUUAUAAUGAAGGGCAUAUGCGUCAUUGCGUUAACUAAUUAGACGAAUUGUGCUAUAAAUAAGUCGCAGUCGCCGAAGCAGACUUCGCAAGAGAGAGUAGUAACAAGCACGUUCUCUCCGCCAAAACCAGCCGGAGAAAAUAUCUCAGUUCAACGGAGAUGCGAGUUGUCAGAAUAUCAUGCGUCGGGACACGUCAUCUCUCACCUCCCUCCUCCGUUCGCGGUUGCGAAGCCCACUCCGACGACGUCUCUGCUUCCUCAGCCGGACUAAUUAACGCGGAUGCAGAAGAUGCGAGUUGUAGUAGCACGCCUAGUUGGAGAAUCAAGAAGAGUCUAACAUGUGUUUGCUUUAACCGCAAGAGAGCAUAUGAACGCAUUUGCUCUAACUUGACACCAUUGCAGGAAGAAAGACUUAAAAGGUUGAGGAAGAGAAUGAAGAAUUACUAUGAUGCAUCACGGCCCGAUCAUCAGGAUGCAUUAAGAGCACUGUGGUCAGCAACGUAUCCUGAUGAAAAGCUUCAAGAUUUGAUCUCAGACCAGUGGAAAAAUAUGGGAUGGCAAGGAAAAGAUCCAUCCACUGAUUUCAGAGGAGCUGGAUUCAUUUCACUGGAGAAUCUUCUAUUCUUUGCAAAGACUUUCUCGACUUCGUUUCAGCGUCUGUUGAAUAAACAAGGAGGCAAAAGAGCGGCUUGGGAAUAUCCAUUCGCUGUAGCGGGCGUCAACAUAACCUUCAUGAUCAUGCAAAUGCUUGACCUUGAAGCAUCAAAACCUAGGAGUUUUAUACGGUUGGUGUUCUUACAAAUGUUGUCAGAAAGCGAAUGGGCCUUUGAUUUGCUUUACUGUGUGGCCUUUGUGGUAAUGGACAAGCAAUGGCUGGACAAGAACGCCACCUACAUGGAAUUCAACGAUGUGCUAAGAUGUACAAGGGGGCAGCUUGAGAGAGAGCUGAUGAUGGAUGAUGUUUUCAGAAUUGAGGAUAUGCCUUCUUUCUCUCUUCUCUCUUAGUUUUUUACUAAUCAAUUCUUGUUGUCACUUUAGAUCACUAUCUUCAUUCUCAUUUUCCUAAUUAGCUAAUUCCAUCAAUUCAAAUUUCGUUUUAUUCAUAUAAACAUUAUCAAACUCAAGUUUCUCGAAACUAAUUUAAUUCAAUUAAUCAUUCCAAUAUCUUCCUAAUAAAUGAUUCACG